CCAUAAGGAAAGACCUCCCUGGCCGCCACUGACCUCCAGCAUGGCAGACGGUCGCCAACCUGAGGACAGCCACCCCCAUUGGGACCCGUCGGGGGCACAGGACCCCUCUCCCCCCCCAGCCCACGGGGCUAACGGCUACCCCCCCUCUUACAGGGCCUGCCAGCCAGGGACCGCCCAUGGAGCAGCACCACCCUCCUACACCGCCAGAGAGAACGGCUUCAACGGCGACCUAGCAGUUACGGCUGGUAAGGACACCUGAUAUCUGAGACUCAGUGACAGAGCUUCUAUAACUACUGUAUUGUACCGACAUACUUAAUCAGUAUUGACCAAACUUUUUGUGACUAUACAAUGUGGCCGAGUUGUACCUGUCAAUUAGAAUUGAGCACAGAUAUACACUGUACACACACACAAACACACACACACACACACACACACACAGGGGUUGGUCAUCCUGUUUGGUUGGUCAUCCUGUUUGGUUGGUCAUCCUGUUUGGUUGGUCAUCCUGUUUGGUUGGUCAUUCUGUGCGUGUGUGUCUAGCAGGCACUUAGUGGGCCCCUACCUCUCACUGUGUGGGAGGAACAGUGAACAGUGAAGCACCCUCAGUAGAUUCAUCUCCAUUAUUACUGUGGCAAUUAAGGGUGAAAAUCUCUGUGUUUUCCCAGAGCGAGACACACACACACACACACCCCUCUCCUUCUCUCCCUCUCAACACACACUGACUGUACCCCGCUCUGUUCCGUCCUCUUGUUGCCAUGGCAGUGGCUCCUCUACAAUUUAGUUUGCCAGAGCUCUAUUGUUCUGUCUAUUGUUCCUGCAGUCUUUCUGCCUUUACAUUUCUAUUUCUGCUGACACACAGAACCUACCACCACCCACUACCUCCACUUUCCACCAUUUACAGAACAGAAACAUAUUCAACAUUUCUGACAGGAGUCGUAUUAACCUCCUGUACCUCUUUUGUAACUGUGGUAUGUUGCCAGGACCAGACCUUUCAUGUCUAUUAUUCAUUUAGACAGCAUCAUUCACCUAGCCUGUUAGAUUGAAUACCAUGCACUAUUUAAGACCACACUUCCCAUACUUGGUCAAGAAGAAGCAGUAAGGAAGUCAGACAAAGAGUAUCUUCUGUACCCUGUGGGAUGAGCUCCAUUAGUGUCUAGCCUGCACAGUGUGGGUAGUGCUCAAAUAGUCUGUUUCAAACAUUGACUAGAGCAUCUGUUAAUUAACGUCCAUUUACAACUUUGUUGACAUUUAAUCCCCACACUCUGUAGCGAUGGAACGAUCGGGUAAUUACAACUGUCUUUCAAAGACAUUGACUUUUAGCGAGGUCACUGAAGCCGUUGUACUAUUAUGUGUCUAAAUGCCAAGUGCUUUCUAUAGUCUUCAGGUAAGUGUUUGGCAUAUAAAGAAUAUGAUGUAUGUAAAUGUACAUUUAUUUCACAGAGUUUUGAAUCCUUUAACUUAUGCAAACACAUAAUACAGCUCCACCCAACCAUAACAGAACACUGCAUGACACUAUGACAUUAUGCUGUGUCAUGCAAUAUGAACGUGCAUAACACUAUGCCAUUGCCUAAUUAUCAUCUCACUUCCAAUGUUGUUUUAGCAUCUUACAGCUUCUCUCAUGGUGCUUGUUAAGGAAGGCAGCGGACAGCAUGGUUCCCUGUCUGUCAGUGUUUUAGAAGACAGAACAACCUGCUCCUCUCUGGUCUUUCAUAAUGACUAUAUCUAACGCCAGCAGUUUUCCUUUUACCUCAUUAUCACCAAGACACAUUAAAGGCACUGGAACAUCAUCUCACAAUCAAUUGGUAUCAAACCUAAUGCUGCUGAAUACAAGUCUUGACCAUAGAGCAGUGCCAAUCCUCUGUGUUUGAUAGUGUCAGUUAAGACCUGAAGCCGUAGUCACAAAGCCUCUCAGAGUACAAGUGCUGAUCUAAGAUCAGGUCCUCCCUGUCCAUGGAAUCUUAUUUAUUAUGAUCUAAAAGGCAAAGCUGAUCCUAUACCAGCUCUCUUACUCUGAGAGGUUUUGUGAAUAUGGGUGCUGGACCACUGGCAAUAUCAUACAGAGAGAUCCACCUCAGCUUUGUGUCUGUCUGAGGGAGUGUUUUAUGAGGCCAGGGCAGGGAGGACAGGAUGGGAGUACAGUAGGGUGGCAGGGGGCCUAGAGUUGGACCUAGUUGGCACACUUCAACCCUGCAAGUUGCCGCUUUUCCACUCUAAAGCCCUCCAGAUGCCCAAGAGCCAUUGAAGCCGCAAAUUGAGGCUUCAAUGCAGCAGCCGUUGGGUUGAAUUAGGGUGAUUGCGUUGAGAAGAGAAGUGCCAUGUCCUUGAGCAACAAAGACUUGUCCAUGACUUCAAAGAACUAAAGUAUGGAACUGAAGAUUAGGAGGCCUGCUGUGUCUACUGGAUAAGUGAGAUGUGUAGCUUGUAAACUUGCCGCAUUGCUAGUCAUCCAAUGUAGUAUGCUGUGAACAUUUACAGACAUUCACAUCUGUAUAACAUUUCAAUACAAACUGUAAUAUCAUUUCAAUAUUAACUAUACUGAUAAUAACCACCAGCAUUAUCUGUGUAUUGUGUUUUAGGAUGGUAUUAACUGAUGUUUGACUCUGUUGUUUUGACUCUUGUCUGUUUGGGUGGUUCUGGAGGACACAGUUGUCAUGGUUUUCUGUUGACGUGGUUGUGGAGAACACAGUUGUCAUGGUUUUCUGUUGAGGUAGUUGUGGAGGACACAGUUGUCAUGGUGUUCAUGAGCUUCACCAUGUACAGGGGGUGCAGUUAUUCAGUCAGUCAAUACCUUUGGCAGCAUCAUGUUGGUCAUGGGUGUGGCAGGUGAGCUCUCACAGACAUUGCGAGAGAGGGGAGAUGAGGGGAGGGGCUGAGGAUGGGAACAGAGCAACCAUAGCUCACAAUUAGACAGGGCCCAGACCUCCUAGGUUGUGUGUUGCUGUGGCAACACAGAGUUUUGGCGGUGGUAUCUCGCCGGCUGUCUCUCUCUCUCUCUCUCUCUCUCUCUCUCUCUCUCUUUCUCCCCUCUCCACCCUGCGGUGAGGUGCAAGCCUGCAUUUGGCAGUGUGUCUGACUCUGUGGCUGCCUCAGGUCUCUGCUCAAAGAGAAUCAGUUUUCGCUUUGCUCUACUGGUCUGGUCUGGUCUAACCAGUACAGGUAAUAAAAAAACCUUUUCUGUCCUGGUAGUGUAGCUCAGUACAGCAUUGUCUGCAUGUCUGGGAGGAUUGUAGUUGUGGCUUUGGAUUAGAGUAUAACUGUUCUUCUCUUUUACACUGGUGUUUUAUUGAUAUAAAAUGUGCCUUAUUUUUAUUUGUCAUGUUUUUAUUUAUUUAUUUAUUUAUUCAUGUGUUAAGGCCAAUGAGACAAACUUGGUAAGAUAAGUAAGAUCUGUCACUGUAAAUGGAUUUUGACACAACUCCUUCUGUCAGGAAGGGCUGAAACGAGACUGAAGAAGACAGCUAUCAUUAGAAUUAGAGUAGACAGUAGAUAUGUUUAUUUUGUGUGUGUGGUUUGUUUCUGUCAGAUAGUGCUGUUUCACUGGAAUUAACCCAACGACCUGGUGAUGCUGUGUGUGUGUGUGUGUGUGCAUGUGUGUGUUGGAGAUGUGUGUGAGAACGUGUCGUCGUGUGCAUUCGAGACAGAAUUUGAUCUGGAUGCAGGACACAUCACUGCCCAGUCUGUGAAGAGGGAGGGAGGGAGGGCAAGAGCGAUGGAGAGUGGGUAUCUGUCUAGGUGAGGGCGUGAGCGGCACAUGUCUGUCUGUCUGUCUGGAGGGAGUUCAUCAUAACCAAGCUAUGGGCUCUAGAAUAGAAUGAUGUUAUGGUGUUGUCGAAAGAAUCAGGAUAGAGACAAAAGUAAAAGAAUGACUAGAAAAGGGCAUAGAACCUCUGACGAUGGCAAUUUGCUUUGCUUCUAUGCGGACACUGAAAAUUGCCCGUGGGGCUCUGGUCAAGAGAAGUACAACACAGGUGUUAUUUGAGACGCAGCGCUGGACUGUGUUUGUUGGAAUGUCAUGCUGUGUGGUUGAUCUGCUAGGCAAUGACAAGUAUCUGUCCAUGUGUGUAUGGCACUCCUUUUCUCUGUAAAAUGGAACCACAGAAAGCAGGCUAAUUUGAGUGGGUGAGUGUUCCCGGAAGACGUGUGUAUGUGUGUGUGUGUGUGUGUGUGUGUGUGUGUGUGUGUGUGUGUGUGUGUGUGUGUGUUUGUGCGUGUUUGUGCGUGUUUGUGCAGAUACAUGCUUGCAUGUGUCUGUGUGCAUGUGUGUGUGAGUGUCUGGUGGGUGGAAAAUGGUCCUGAAACAGCUCCACGUCGUGACAACAAAAGCUUUCCACCACCAACUAACUAAUCCCACUGAAAUACACUGUUGCCAUGUCAAUUACACGGUUCAGGAGACUGACAUUCUCAAAAACACUAAAUGAUGACAGUAAAGCUCAUGAGUGUAAAAUUAAGGAUAUGGUAUGGAUCUACAGUAUAUAUUGGAGUCCAUAUGCACAGGAAUCAUGGAUGUAUGGUUCACUAAGGUUUACAAUACAACAUAUACAGUGGGGGAAAAAAGUAUUUAGUCAGCCACCAAUUGUGCAAGUUCUCCCACUUAAAAAGAUGAGAGAGGCCUGUAAUUUUGAUCAUAGGUACACGUCAACUAUGACAGACAAAAUGAGAAAAGAAAAUCCAGAAAAUCACAUUGUAGGAUUUUUUAUGAAUUUAUUUGCAAAUUAUGGUGGAAAAUAAGUAUUUGGUCAAUAACAAAAGUUUCUCAAUACUUUGUUAUAUACCCUUUGUUGGCAAUGACACAGGUCAAACGUUUUCUGUAAGUCUUCACAAGGUUUUCACACACUGUUGCUGGUAUUUUGGCCCAUUCCUCCAUGCAGAUCUCCUCUAGAGCAGUGAUGUUUUGGGGCUGUCGCUGGGCAACACGGACUUUCAACUCCCUCCAAAGAUUUUCUAUGGGGUUGAGAUCUGGAGACUGGCUAGGCCACUCCAGGACCUUGAAAUGCUUCUUACGAAGCCACUCCUUCGUUGCCCGGGCGGUGUGUUUGGGAUCAUUGUCAUGCUGAAAGACCCAGCCACGUUUCAUCUUCAAUGCCCUUGCUGAUGGAAGGAGGUUUUCACUCAAAAUCUCACGAUACAUGGCCCCAUUCAUUCUUUCCUUUACACGGAUCAGUCGUCCUGGUCCCUUUGCAGAAAAACAGCCCCAAAGCAUGAUGUUUCCACCCCCCAUGCUUCACAGUAGGUAUGGUGUUCUUUGGAUGCAACUCAGCAUUCUUUGUCCUCCAAACACGACGAGUUGAGUUUUUACCAAAAAGUUAUAUUUUGGUUUCAUCUGACCAUAUGACAUUCUCCCAAUCCUCUUCUGGAUCAUCCAAAUGCACUCUAGCAAACUUCAGACGGGCCUGGACAUGUACUGGCUUAAGCAGGGGGACACGUCUGGCACUGCAGGAUUUGAGUCCCUGGCGGCGUAGUGUGUUACUGAUGGUAGGCUUUGUUACUUUGGUCCCAGCUCUCUGCAGGUCAUUCACUAGGUCCCCCCGUGUGGUUCUGGGAUUUUUGCUCACCGUUCUUGUGAUCAUUUUGACCCCACGGGGUGAGAUCUUGCGUGGAGCUCCAGAUCGAGGGAGAUUAUCAGUGGUCUUGUAUGUCUUCCAUUUCCUAAUAAUUGCUCCCACAGUUGAUUUCUUCAAACCAAGCUGCUUACCUAUUGCAGAUUCAGUCUUCCCAGCCUGGUGCAGGUCUACAAUUUUGUUUCUGGUGUCCUUUGACAGCUCUUUGGUCUUGGCCAUAGUGGAGUUUGAGGUUGUGGACAGGUGUCUUUUAUACUGAUAACAAGUUCAAACAGGUGCCAUUAAUACAGGUAACGAGUGGAGGACAGAGGAGCCUCUUAAAGAAGAAGUUACAGGUCUGUGAGAGCCAGAAAUCUUGCUUGUUUGUAGGUGACCAAAUACUUAUUUUCCACCAUAAUUUGCAAAUAAAUUCAUAAAAAAUCCUACAAUGUGAUUUUCUGGACAUUUUUUUCUCAAUUUGUUUGUCAUAGUUGACGUGUACCUAUGAUGAACAUUACAGGCCUCUCUCAUCUUUUUAAGUGGGAGAACUUGCACAAUUGGUGGCUGACUAAAUACUUUUUUUCCCCACUGUAUACACAAACCCUACAUACACACACCCACACACACACAUACAUACAAAUCAAUGUUCUUCUGACCUCAGUCCACUCCACAUCAGUUUUACAAUUACUUAACAUCAUCUUUAUCAUCCUAGGUGGUUUAAUUGCUGUUUUAAUCAUUGUACUGUAAACCUAUGGGUAAAGGUAUCAUCUAGAUUAAAUAGUUUGUGACCAGUGGAGUGUAUCCGGGUCAUGUUCAUUAGUGCACACCGUAGCAAACGUUUUACGACAAAAAAUAUGCUUCCGUUGCUUCCUUUUGGUUUGUAGUGAGUAUGACCUGGGCAUCCCACACCAUUGCUGACUAAAAGUUAUCAGCCAAUCACAGGCCCACAGCCAGAGCCAUUUCUGAUUGGCCAGUAGGUUUGGCUGCUGUCUUCCUGUCUGAACUGGUGUUUCCAUGGUGAUGCCUGCAGUUAGAAUGCUGCCAAGUAUAGAUUGUCUAUUUCAUAUUUUUAUUUUGUAAUUUUCUCUCACCAUGGUUCUCUGCAUAUUAAACAUUCAGCCUUAGAUAGACAGAAAGCAAUCAUUAAAUGAAUUAUCUAUCAAUAAGUACUGACCUUAAGUAAAUAUUUCCUUAACACGCUAUGAUUAGCAAGAUAUUGUUGGUCUAGACAUGUCACUGAUGACUGUGGGUGCCUGUGUGUCUAACUGUGUGUGUUUAUGUGUGUGUCUAUGUGUGUGUGUGUGUGUGUGUGUGUGUGUCCCACAGAGCAAGUGUCUGCGCGAAUCGUGCAGGAGGUGACAGCGGAAGCAGUGGCAGUACUGAAGGGAGAACAGGAGACAAGACUGCAGUCAGGUACACACACACGACCCUCCCGUCUCUUCCCUCCCCACCCCUCCAGAGGGAGCAUAGCUAUUCUGAGAGUGACACAGAGGUCCUUUUGGCCGAUGUCAAUGGACUAAAAUGGUGCUGUUGGUGUGUGUGUGUACGUCUGUGUGUGUGUGCGUGCGUGCAUGUGUGCAUGUGUGUGUGCGUGUGUAGGGAUUAAAGAGCAGUGCUAGGACCGGACAGCUGUCAGAGAAGAUCUAACAUGGUGGUAGUGGUGGGGGAGUAAGCCCAGAGCAAAGCAGAGCAGAUCCCAGAUCAGCCAUCUGGAGACCACAUAGCAACAUUGACCCUCAACAUGUAGUAGAUAGGGGUCUACCUGUGCCUGAGCACCUGCCCCUUUGCCCUCCCACUCACCAAGUGCCCUUUUGGGUGGUGGUGUAUAUAUAUUUAAAAAAAAAUUGUUCUGAACCGACUGCCCCCAAGUCGUUGUGACGUCAAGUUCACCACCCCUACCCGUCAGUUGGUCUGCUCUGUACGGCACUCACAUGUGCCUUUUUCCCAGUCUGCCCUGUACGGAGAUUGCGUGCACCCAGUAUCCAAACAAUGCAUGUCUUGAGAUGCGGUCACCGGUCGAGUGUGUGUAGCAAGAUACCUAGUUUAAAUAUAAACAGUACUGCCACAGCAGCAUAACAUUUGAUUAACACUUGAUUUACAUCAUCAUCAAUAUUCAGUCUGGUUGGCUGAAGCACAGCAGCACUUCAUCAUUUAUUUCUUAUAAAAAUAUAAACGCAACAUGCAACAAUUUCAACGAUAUUACGGAGUUGUACUUGAAACAAUCUGUCAAUUGAAACAAAUUCAUUAGGCCUUAGUCUAUGGAUAUCACAUGACUGGGCAGGGGCGCCCACUGGGGAGCCAGGCCCAGACAAUCAGAAUUAGUUUUUCCCCACAAAAGGGCUUUAUUACAAACAGAAAUACUCCUCAGUUUCAUCAGCUGUCUGGGUGGCUGGUCUCAGACGAUCCCGAGGGUGAAGAAGCCAGAUGUGGAGGUCCUGGGCUGGCGUGGUUACAUGAGGUCUGCGGUUGUGAGGCCAGUUGGACGUACUGCCAAGUUCACUAAAAUGACGUUGGAGAUGGCUUAUGGUAGAGAAAUGAACAUUAAAUUAUCUGGCAACAGCUCUGUUGGACAUUGCUGCAGUCAGCAUGCCAAUUGCCCGCUCCCUCAAAACUUGAGACAUCUGUGGCAUUGUGUUGUGUGACAAAACUGCAAAUUUUCGAGUGGCCUUUUAUUGUCCACAGCACAAGGUGCCCCUGUGUAAUGAUCAUGCUGUUUAAUCAGCUUCUUGAUAUGCCACACCUGUCAGGUGGAUGGAUUAUCUUGGCAAAGGAGAAAUUCUCACUAACAGGGAUGUAAACUAAUUUGUGGACAGCAUUUGAGAGAAAUACGAUUUUUGUGUAUGGAACAUUUCUGGGAUAUUUGAUUUCAGCUCAUGAAACAUGGGACCAACACUUUACAUCUUGCGUUUAUAUUUUUGUUCAGUAUAAGUAAAACAAGAGAGAGAUAGGCUUUUGGCAUGGGUGCAUGGCCAUCUCCGGCGAGUGAGCUGCGCAUGAUUGGGUGAGUCAGUGAAAGCUUUUUUAGGAUUAUAAUGUCAUCCUUACAGUAUAUUACAACAUGUGUGUCUCUACUCACCUAGGCCUAGGCUGUUGAUGGAUUCAAGACAAGGUCGUUUUUAUUUAUCUCAGAUUCUCAGUUUGUCAGUGUCAAAGUAGCCUGUCAUUUCAAUCAUUUGUGCGUUAGGCCUAUGAAAAAAGGUUCUGCCAAAGUCUCUAGUCAUAAAAAAUUAUGUAGAAUUGCAUUAAAUGUGUUUAUAAAAGGCCACAUUUUUCCCGGACACUAGGCUACUAAAAUGUUUCCCUGUGUGUGAAAAUUCUAAGCGCCUCUACUCUUCUACUCAAUGUCAUUACACGCAAAUGCGCUGAUAGGCUAUGCAUGCAAUGCGUUAUUAUAAAGGUGCAUUUUUUUCCCUCAUGUGUUCUGGUACUUCAGAGCUCCCCAGGUCACUACCCUCUCACACCCACUUUUUGUUCCGGCACCUCCCGAUCUGCAAAUAAUUAAUUAAUUAAUUUUUAAGCACUGAACACAGGUAGUCUAGACUCUAGCUGACCUCCCUAUACUAAAAUAUACACACAAGCCUCUAGCCAGCCAGCCAUAUAUCAUGAGUUAGAAAUUAUGAAUAUUAAGCUAUAUUAUGAAGUUAUUAUUUAAGAGCAUUGAAGAUAAAUCACAAUCAUAAAAAAUAAAAUCUAGCUAGCUAACUAGAAGAUUUACAUCAAUCAUCAACAUCAAUGAUCAGCUGAUAGCGUUCCCUCUUUUCCCAAUGUCAGUCAUGUCUUUGUCUCCUGAGUGGCGCAGUGGUCUAAGGCACUGCAUCGCAGUGCUAGCUGUGCCACUAGAGAUCCUGGUUCGAAUCCAGGCUCUGUCGCAGCCGGCCGCGACCGGGAGACUCAUGGGCGGCGCACAAUUGGCCCAGCGUCGUCCAGGUUAGGGGAGGGAAUGGCCGGUAGGGAUGUAGCUCAGUUGAUAGAGCAUGGCGUUUGCAACGCCAGGGUUGUGGGUUCGAUUCCCACGGGGGGCAGUAUAAAAAAAUAUGUAUUCACUAACUGUAAGUCGCUCUGGAUAAGAGCGUCUGCUAAAUGACUAAAAUGUAAAUGUAGGAGGCACUGUAACUAGCUUGCUCACAAUUUGUGAUGAGUGAGUGUGUUGUUACAGAAAUAAAUAGGGUCUGUGCACGGCCCUGAGCUUCUCUAUCCCCUAAUGGGACAUCUGUCUGUCAGCACAUCUAUAAUAACCAGCAGUGAGGACUCUGUCUGUCAGCAAAUCUACUGCAUACUACAUCUAUGGAGUGUGGAGCUGACAGAUACACAUCAAAAUGGGGAUAUACUGUAGAGGCUACAACAGAGCCAGUUCUGCAUUGCUUUAAAUAGGCUGUCUGUUGUAAAUGUAUUUGUAUUACAGUAAUGUAUUUGUAUUACUAGUAUUAGCUAAUUCACUAUUACAGUUGAUAAUAUAAAUGCAGCUUCUUGAAAUGAUGAAGCCGAAUUCUUCCCUCGCAUUUCAUAAAAUGUCCACCAGAGAAUCCUCACUGGAGGAAUUACUCAGCGAAAAACAGCCAUUAUAGUAUUUAUUCCCAUCUCUACUGUUCACAGAGACUGUCAGAGGAGCUUUAAAGGAUUAACCAGAGAGAGACAGGUAGAGAGAGAGAGAGCAGAAAGACUCAUUCAUUACCUCCUCUCCUCUCCAGGCUUAAUCAGCUACUAUCUCAACAGACACACACAGGGUUGUCAAUUAGCUAGCUGUUUUCAAACUUCACGCCCUAUAAAUUCUCAUCCCUCCAUGCUUGUCUGUCCCCUUCUGUUUUGUCUUUCUGUAGUUGAAGAUACGGCAAACCUGCCCCCCUCCCCUCCUCCCUCACCUGCUGCUGAGCACCGCUUCAGACCUCUGGAGCAAGGUAAGGUCCGGAGAGAGGGAGAGGGAGAGGGAGAGGGAGAGGGAGAGGGAGAGGGAGAGGGAGAGGGAGAGCGAGAGAGCGAGAGAGCGAGAGAGAGAGAGAGAGAGAGAGAGAGAGAGAGAGAGAGAGAGAGAUGGAGAAGGAGAGAACUGUGUGUAAAUGAUGUGUUAUCAUCAAGACUGUAUUUGACCGUGCUGAGACCCUUGGAACCCCAUUCCUCCUGCCUUGGAGGAUACAGUAUGUGUCACCUUGGGGCUAACCAAUCACCUGGAUCAUGUUGUUACACAGAAACCCAGGAAGUGUUUCUUAGACAUGUAUUCUCUUUUUGUGGAAGUAAACAUAAGUAUUCUCCCUCCUCCUUAUCUUCCUUUUCCCCUGGAAUUAGAAAUUGUCUCACCUUCAUCACUUCUUUACCUCAAUCACUCCAUUCACAAGCCCAUACUCCUUUAUCUUCCCCCCUUCCCUGACCAUGCAUCUUGGAAUGCCAGUGCAUGACCUUGCCCCUCCUCACCCCCCACCGGCAUCCUUCCUCCCCUCUAACUUUGAUCAUCCACCCCUCCUGUCCUUGCAGAUAUAACUCUGGUAGCCUGUUUGCCUUCCUAACCUCUUCUGUUUCCACUUAUGUGUCUUUGUCUUUAGACAGACACACCUUCAUCAAGCAUGUCUUCUUGUUGAUUUUUGCUUGUUGUUGGCCCAUGCUUUUUUGUCUUCCUGGUUUGUUUCUGAUCGUGCCUGGCCUGUUGUCUGUUGUCUGUGUUUGUCUAGUCUACUCUGACUGCAGUGGACAUGUGACCUAUGACAGAUUUUGUGGGAGGAGACAGCCAUGCUCAGACAGACUGGUUAUUGGUAGUUGAAUUGACUUGUUAGCUACAUAGCUUCCUCUCUUCCUAUAUAAUGAAUCAUAGCCAUCUCCCUUAGAUUUAAAUAUAUUUUUCAAAUCAUUUAGUAAUGGUUUAGUUUUUUUUAUAAGAGAAUACCUUGGCACCACUGAGCUACUAGGGGCAGUGAGCAAACACCUAGCAAACAAGCAUGUAGUGGCCCACUAGCGGCCCGCCGCUGGCAAAGUUGUCGGCCCACUGAUGGCACUACAACACUGUUCAUCAGCACUUCAGCAGUCGGUUCACUAACACUGGCUUUCAAUGGAUUUCAUUGUUACAUCGCUUUACAUUGCUGUCUCUGUUACGUUGUUCUGACUGUGUGGUCCACCCAUCUUCUCUUUGAGUAUAGCAGGCUCCAAACUCACUUUCAGUUGCUGGCCACUGUCCUUGUGUCUUUGUCUUGUUGCCUCUCUCUCUCUUUCACCCUUUAUCUGACUUUUUCUCUUGUUCUCUCUCUCUCUCUUUCCUUUUCUCUUUCUCUGUCAGUUUCUCAUCUAUCUCCUCAGUCUCUCUCUUUCUCUCUGCUUCUCUUUCUUUCUCUCUCUCUCUCUCUCUCUCUCUCUCUCUCUCUCUCUCUCUCUCUCUCUCUCUCUCUCUCUCUCUCUCUCUCUCUCUCGCGCGCUCUCUCUCUCUGUCUCUCUCCCCCCCAACACUACAUCCCUCUCCCCCCUCCCUCCCUCCCUCCCUGUGUGUUUCUGUGUGUGUGUCCAGAUUUCCCCUGCAGUAUGUUCUUCUCCUGUGUGUCUGUUGUUUGUAGAUGUAGAGGAUGAGGAGGAGGAGGCCUGCCCUCUCCGCCGCUUCCAAAAUUCUCGGGAGAGGUGCAAUUUCCUCGCCCCCUCCAUCUCUGUGUCUGUACCCGAGGAUGACCCCUACCACUCUGAUGAGGAAUACUAUGAUCACCCCUUGUUCAGCCCUGAGUGGGAUCGCUCGGUCUCCUCUCAGCCCACAGUGCUGGCCGCUGCCUUUAGACAGAUCCAAGGUGAACCACGCAUGGUUCCUCUACGUAACGCCAUUCUUCCUUCCUAUCGUCCUUUCUUCCUCCUAUCUUCCUCUUUGUCCGUCUCUUUUUUUACCCCGAUCCACCUUUUCUGUAGUUUGACCAACAACCUCCGUCUUACCGUCUGUGUGUUUGUGUCCCUGUGGUGUCAAUUAGCUCAAAUAAUCUGAGCGCUUUGUUUUGUGAUGUUUUGAUUAUCUAGUAAUUUCCUUUUUAUUUCUAUAUCUCAAUCAAAGCCGUUUGUUCCCUUUAGUUAAUGUUGCCUCCGGAAGCCCCCCAUACCUUCUGAAAGUAAUCUGAUAAAUGUGCAUCAUUUAUCAAAGUGAUCCGAUAAAGAUAACUAAUCAAUAACUGUAUUGAUUUUUAAAUUUGAAUACAAACUGGGCUGAGGAAAUUCUUAAACGUACAUGUGCUUACUUGCAAGGAUGCAUAUCAUGAAGUGUUCACAUGUUUAUGUAUACAGGUCAAACAAUGUCAUAUGCAUAUCAUGUAAAUAGAGUGGCAUGCAGGUCCAAAUGGCUUGCAGCAAUAUACAGUGGAUUGUUGUGCAUGAUCUAAGACUUGUUUCAUGCACGUUUUCCUCUCUGCCUGUCAGUGUCAUCUUAAUGCUUCAUGCGUAUUGUGUGUCUGUCAUCUCUCCCUCAAAGACAAACUCAUCCCUGAUCCCUCCCAUCAGGCCCCUUCUCAUGCGUCCCACCACCCGCCCUUACACACACACACCCGUUGUAGAUUAUUAUUAGAUCACAGAAAUCACAGGACGACUUUCAGCUCGACACACAACACUCUGCAUAUACACACACAAGCUCUUUAAGGACAUACUUCACACACACUCUCAACACGCUCUCUCACAACUCUAAAAGGCUUAUAGUAUUAGUAAACAAAAACAUGUCCUUACUUAACACCUCAUCAGGGCUGUACUAGGCUGGAGGUUUAGCAGCCCUCUCCUCUCUGUCUCCUCUCUGUCUCCACUCUGUCUCCAGGAGACAGCUGGAAGUGUUACAGUAUAAGGCAUCAGUCCUCUCUGUCUCUCCCUGGGCAGAGAGAUCCCCUGAAGCUACAGAUGUAGGAUCUUAAUUUGAUCACCCUGUUGCAGGAGAACUUUCCUACAAUGCAGGAAAUGUUAAAACGUGUAGUGUAUUUGAGGUUUAAAAAGGCUUCUGAAGUCUGUAAUUUCCACUUUGAAAUUUCAGACUUGAUUUUCCCUUAUGAAAAUUUUUUCGAGCCCUACAAUAAUGUCCAUUAAUUAUAAUCCACAUAAUAAUUCACAUUUCCUUUUGCUUCAGGAUUAUUUUCCUGCUGUAGAAAACUGGCUCAAAUUAAGUUCCUACAUCUGUAGAUUUAGCAGUCCUCUCCUCUCCACUAUGUUUCCGGCUUGUAGACUGUAUGGCAUCAGUCCUCCUCUCUGUCUCUCCCUGGGCAGAGAGAGAGUCCCAGCUGUGAUGUGACCCAUCACGCUGCCACAUCCAGUCACUGCCCUGCUCCCCACACAGACACACACACAGCAGCCCAGUCGCCAGGCUAUCACAUCUAAAACCCUGAGCACCGUGCCACAUGGCGAGGCAUAGCGCCGCAUAAAGCCCGUUGAAUUGAGCAGCGUCUUUCUGCCUCUAAGCAGGAUUUCAGAAUCGCAGGCGGCAUGACAGUUUAGGAGUUAGGAGCAGAGGCACCCAGCUCCAUGAUGACAGAGAGAGGAUGCGAGGAUAUGCUUGUUUGUGGGCUAGAUCUGUUUCUAUCUUCUAAUGGUUUGGGUUUGGAGGGUUGAGGACUGAUCCUAGAACAGUGAUAAAGGACACGUUCUCUGCCUAGUGCCUACACUGCCUACAUCAAGUCAGAAAAUGGUUACAGAACUUGGAUGAGCUGGGAAUGGGAUUUAUGUUUCUGUGGCUCUUCUCUCAACUGAUAAGGGGAAGGCAAUGUCCACUUAGUAUAUUAUGUAUAAAAUGUAUGUAUAGCUACACAACUUUGCUUGCAAAAGACUGUUAUAGCGUAUCAUGCAUGCAUUUUCUUACUGAUAAAUGUACAUUUGAAUGGAAAUAACCUGAUGUGGUGUGUUGGCAUGGUGUGUGUGACAGAGAGAGAGGGACUAUGGUCAUUGUGUGCCUUUUUGAUAACAUAGAGCCACAGCAGAUUGGACAGACAGAGGUGAGGAUUAUUUUAGAGCCUGAUGAAGACUUUUGGGUCCUCUCUGUCACAGUUGCACUCAAUAAAACUGCAGGAACAUUCAACAGUGAGCUCGACCGGUACCUGUCUAUCUUUCAGGAUUAUUUGAUAUUAUUAAUAUAAAGAAAAUCCUCUGCCUGCUUAAACUCUAUGAUCCAAAACAUCCAUACAGUCCAAACCCAAACAAAUCACAUGGCCAUGGGAGAAACGUCACUCACUCAUACGCUACAACAUCUGUGAGCAGUGCAUCUAUAUCUGUGAGCCACCUUUACAGAGCUGAAAGUGUCUCACCGAUUUGUACCCAUGUAACUCAAGUCUGUGUUGCCAACCCAUAGUCUUGAUGUGUACUGUCCACCUCUCCCCUUCUUUUAUGCAAAGUAGAGACUGUCGAGGCUCUUACAGACACCUUCGAAGAGGAGGAGGAGGAGGAGGAGGAGGAGGAGGAGGAAGAGGUGUUGAUGUUGGAGGAGGAGGAGGAUGAGGAGAUGGAAGGGGCAGCAGCAGAAAUCGUGGCUGCUCUUGAGGAGCUGUGGAGUGGGGAUGAGCCUGAGCUGGACGGCCCCCCAACCAAGCCCUUAGAACAGGCUGAGGCUGUAGGCGAGGCCCAGGCUGUGCCCCCUGUGCAGGCCGAGGCAAUUAGUGCCGCUCUUGAUGGCCCUAACGGGAGGGAGGAGGAGGUUGAGGAGGAGGUGGCAGUGCCUGAGGGGCAGGAGGAGAGCCUUGAUGAAGGUGUGUCUGUCUGCCCUCUUUCUGGUUUCCCAGGAUGCAUGUUAUUGUAUUGUUUAUAGACAAUAAGAAUCUUUAGGCUUAAAAGGGAAUUCAUCAGUGAUUAAAUGAGGUGGAAUGGCUCAAAGUUGCCCCCCACUCUACGCUCUGCUAAAGGCUGCAAGGCAACACAGGCUUGACGGUGAAAAGCUAGGAGACAUGUUUAAAAACUUUCCUCCUGAUUUCUUUCUUUUUGCUUUCUCUUUGCUUGUGUUUUCAGUUUCUAGCUGCAGUUUUUGAGGCCGGCCUUUUCGUGUAUUAAUGAAAUGUUGCCGAUCCUCCUGACCAUGCUUUCCAGUCUCUGAUGCUACCUAUCGAUGUGUUGAUGUCUCAUUGGUGUUAACCUAUCACUCAGUGUCUUUCUGCCAGUGUUGUUUCCCAUAUGGAUGUCUCAUUUAUACAGUACCUGUCAAAAGUUUGGACACACCUACAUUGUAGAAUAAUAAUGAAGACAUCAAAACUAUGAAAUAACACAUAUGGAAUCAUGUAGUAACCAAAAAAGUGAUAAAGAAUUCAGAAUAUAUUUUAAAUUUUAGAUUCUUCAAAGUAGCCACCCUUUGCCUUGAUGACAGCUUUGCACACUCUUGGCAUUCUCUCAACCAGCUUCAUAAGGAAUGCUUUUCUUGAAGGAGUUCCCACGUAUGCUGAGCACUUGUUGGCUGCUUUUCCUUCACUCCGCGGUCCAGCUCAUCCCAAACCAUCUCAAUUGGGUUGAGGUCGGGUGAUUGUGGAGGCCAGGUCAUCUGAUGCAGCACUCCAUCAUUCUCCUUCUUUGUCAAAUAGCCCUUACACAGCCUGGAGGUGUGUUUUGGGUCAUUGUCCUGUUGAAAAACAAAUGAUAGUCCCACUAAGCGCAAACCAGAUGGGAUGGUGUAUCACUGCAGAAUGCUGUGGUAGCCAUGCUGGUUAAGUGUGCCUUGAACUCUAAAUAAAUCACUGACAGUGUCACCAGCAAUGUACCCCCACACCAUCACACCUCCUCCUCUAUGCUUCACGGUGGGAACCUCACAUGCGGAGAUCAUCCGUUCACCUACUCUGCAUCUCACAAAGACAUGGCGGUUGGAACCAAAAAUCUCAAAUUUGGAUCAUCAGACCAAAGGACAGAUUUCCACCGGUCUAAUGUCCAUUGCUGGUGUUUCUUGGCCCAAGCAAGUCUCUUCCUAUUAUUGGUGUGCUUUAGUAGUGGUUUCUUUGCAGCAAUUCGACCAUGAAGGCCUGACUCUGUGAAGCAUUUAUUUGGGCUGCAGUCUGAGGUGCAGUUAACUCUAAUGAACUUAUCCUCUGCAGCAGAGGUAACUCUGGGUCUUCCUUUCCUUUGGCGAUCCUCAUGAGAGCCAGUUUUAUCAUAGCGCUUGAUGGUUUAAAACUGCAUUGUUGUUUAAGGGCUUGUAAGUAAGCAUUUCACUGUAAGGUCUACACCUGUUGUAUUCGGCGCAUUUGGCAAAUAUAAUUUUAUUUUAUUUUAUUUGCUUUUUGCGACUGCACUUGAAGAAACUUUCAAAGUUCUUGAAAUGUUCCGUAUUGACUGACCUUCAUGUCUUAAGUAAUGAUGGACUGUCGUUUCUCUUUGCUUAUUUGAGCUGUUCUUGCCAUAAUAUGGACUUGGUCUUUUACCAAAUAGGGCUAUCUUCUGUAUACCACCCUUACUUUGUCACAACACAACUGAUUGGCUCAAACGCAUUAAGAAGGAAAGAAAUUCCACAAAUUAACUUUUAACAAGGCACACCUGUUAAUUGAAAUAUAUUCCAGGUGACUAACUCAUUUAGCUGGUUGAGAGAAUGCCAAACGUGUGCAAAGCUGUCAUCAAGGCAAAGGGUGGCUACUUUGAAGAAUCUCAAAUAUUAAAUAUAUUUGGAUUUGUUUAACACUUUUUUGGUUACUACAUGAUUCCAUAUGUGUUGUUUCAUAGUUUUGAUGUCUUCACUAUUAUUCUACAAUGUAGAAAAUAGGAAAAAUAGAGAAAAACCCUGGAAUGAGUAGGUGUGUCCAAUCUUUUGACUGGUACUGUAUAUCAUGUAAAUCACCCGUUCUCUAUUGGUUUCAGCUGUAUUUUUGGUUCAGCUUUCCUUAAGCUGUCAUUGUAAUAAUAUCAGAGUGUUUUUAUUGUAUUUUUCUAGUGCCAUUUCACUGGUUUUCAUCUGUUUGAUAUUGUGUUAAUACAGUGUUAUUCUAUAAUUGUUCCUAAUGUUCAAUGUACAUUUUUUUGUUGAACUUAAAAACCUUAUACUAACAACGACAUUUGAUGAUCAAUUAUUGUAUAUCCUCCAAUUAUUGUAUAUCCUCAAAGUUAAAAGUUAAAUAUGUAUUGAUGUUAAUUAAUCAAAGCUCAAAUUAUUCUAUACACACUGAUAAAUCAUGGUGUAAAGUAGAUAUUUAGCUAAAUGCAAAUCAUUAUGAUUUCUCACUAAGACUUGACAGAAUGACAGAAAGGCUAUUAUUUUACUUCUAUUAGUUUUGCCUAGUCGUCACUGGUCGGAAAACCAUUCCAUUCCUCAUUGUUUGAUUCUUCUCAUCCAUCAACACCAUGGCUGCCUGCGCAUUCCAGUUCCGUCAUUCCGGUUCCAUCAUGUUCCAUCACGUUCCAUGCCUCUGUUCCGUCCAUAUGUAAGUGGGUUUUGCCUCAUGGGUUCCGCCUCAUGCUCCUGUCCUGCCUUGUGCUCCUGUCCUGCCUCAUGCUCCUGUCCUGCCUCGUGCUCCUGUCCUGCCUCGUGCUCCUGUCCUGCCUCGUGCGAUGCCCUCUAUAUUGUGCAACAGUAAGCAGAGCUUUGCCUGUGUCUGUGAUAGUAUGGCCGGCCCUGUUUAAAAUGGCUGUCCUAAAACAAAAUAGCUUACAAUUAAUAGCUGAAUGUUGAAGCAAAACCAAACAAACUACUAAAGAUUUAACUUACAGACUUGAAGAUGGACACAGACAAACCAGGCAGUGAGAGGAGUGGAUCCCUCAGACCAGACUCCACUGAACCAGAGUGUCCAGCUUUCUUCAGUGGGGACCACGCAGCACCACCCCUGUGCCCCAAAACGGACAUGGCUUCUCCGUCCCCGUUCCUUUCUAACAUCCAGAGCCAAGCCAAAAGAGCCUAUCAAAAUGUCUAUACCGGAUGAACCUAAAACAGUCUCAGAGAAGCAGCCGUCAGUGGAAGUUCUUGAGUCCAGUAACCUCACCACGGUUGCAGGGUCUGGGUUCACUACAGCUGGAGACAAAGAUCAAGGUCAAGGUGUCUCCUCUGACUCUAACAAAGACAAAUCUGGCAUGUCGUCUUAUUUCGAGACUUCGGCCCUGAAGGCAGACGAGGGAUCCAAGGGGGUUCAAGCAGCAGAAGGUUAUUAUGAACUGAGCACAGCAGGAGAAGAGAAGAGCUUAGGGAGAAGUUCCCCAACAGUUCCGUCACCCCCUGAGAUCAACUACAGCAUGCUGGCACAAACACAGUCAGUGGAGAAGAAGCCGUACACCAAAAAGAGUCCGAUGGGAUAUCAAAAGGAUACCUUACCGGCCCUGGACAGGAGUAACGAAUGUAGGCUUUCUCCCGGGAAGUUGGCCCUGGAUCAGAGAAGCUACUCUCUCAACAUUACGAUUGGAUCGAUGGAUCCCAGCGGCCAGGGUCUACCUAGGAACUUCUCCCCACUGGCCACGGACAUCAUGUCUUUUACCAGUGGCAGUCUGGAUGAGUCUGUCAACUAUCUCCCAGUUACCACCCUGUCUGCGGAGAAGGUGCCCCCUGCCUUUCCCUCCCCUGAUCCUGGAGACGGCCGCCUCAGUAACGUCUGACUCCUCGUCUCCUCCCCACAACACAGCAGAGAUACCCGGCGAAAAGACCAGCCCCCAGGGGUCAGAGUCCCCGGAGUCUCCCUUUCCACCCAAAUACUACUACAAAAACGGGACAGUCAUGGCUCCUGACCUACCUGAGAUGCUGGACCUUGCAGGCACCAGGUCUAGACUAGCUUCUGAGAAUAAUGACCCAGAGAUCAUGAGGAGGAAAUCCGUCCCUGCAGACGCCCAAGGCUUUGGGAGCGACUCCCUGGCCAACCUGGUCCUGGGGGACCAGAAUCAGAGCCAGAGUCUUGCCAAGAGUGAGAGCCAGCUGGAGGAGUUGGGUUACUGUGUGUUCAGUGAGUACUCAGGGCCCAUGCCUUCCCCUGCUGACCUCCAUAGUCCCAUUGACUCCCCGCCCCAGCGCUUCACCCCUAUGGCUCUGGAGGAAAAGAUGGCAAAGGAGAAACUGAAGAUCGACGCCAGAGACAAACUAGCCGAAGACGAGAAGACAAGUCAGUUAGCUACGUGCGAUGGUUCCAAAGAAAAGGAAGAAGCCAAACAAGUGGGACGGAAAGAUUCCGCUUCAGAGGAAAAAGACAACAAAGAGAUCAGCCAUGAAAAAUCUGCAAUGGAGGACCAAAAAUACAAACCGGCUUCACCUCUGAAGUCAGCAGAGUCCUUUGUGACUCCUAAAGUGAUGGUCACCCUGGAUGAGGAGGGAAAGGCAGAGACCGAGGGACCAGAGACAGACGCUGAGAUGGCUGCCUACGAGAGGCAGAUCCGCCGGCUGGAGAUGGAGGACAGGCCCCUGAGCAUUGAGGAGGAGCGAGAGCUGCAGGAGUUAAGGGAGAAGGUGAAGGACAAAUUCUUGGUGCACCAGGAGGCGUACGAGGAGGUGGAUGCUGAAGAUGUUUACCAACUAACUGGGGUUGCCAAGGACAGGAUCAGCAGGCCCGCCAGGCCCUCCCCGGCCUCCUCCGUGGAGAGCACCACAGAAGAAGAGAAGGUUCCAGUUACGGACACAGAGAAACCUAAACAGACGGGAGGCCAGACAACGCCUCCAAAGGUUGACAUCAUGGCGACGUCUCCGUCUGUGUCAGGUGGUGGUGUGAGCACCACAGAAGAAGAGAAAGGGGAAGUUAGCGAAGAGAAGCUGAAGAAGGAGCAGGUUGUAGAGGUCAAAGAGAAGACCAUGGAAGAAAAUAAAAAGAAAGAGGGGGAGGAGGAGGAGGAGGAUAUAGAGCAGGCAGUGGAACCAGAGGAAAUCAUGAUAGAGAUAAAUCCAACAAAGCCUGGAGAGAAAGAAGAGAAGAUUGAGAAUAAUAUAAUGAAAGACAAAGAGGAGGAAGAGGAAGAUGGUGAAGUUUUAGCAGGAGCAGCGGUGGAUGACGUUCCAGAACCCAGAGCUGCCAUAGAGUCAGUGGUGACCGUAGAAGAUGACUUCAUCACUGUAGUCCAGACCAUCGACGAGGGCGAGGAGCCAGGACACAGCGUGCGUUUCUCUGCUCCGCCUGAGCCUGAGACACCACAGGCUCUUCACGAGCAGGAGGAAGAGGAGGAGGAGGAGGAGUCCCAGGAGGUGGAGAUCAUGGAGGCAGCUAGUCUGGAGGAGGUGGGGGAUGUCUCAGAGGAGUUCCGUGAGAAGGAGGUGCAGGCCUCCCCCGAGAAGGAGGUGCAGACAGAGACGGAGGGACAGACAGAGAGCUACGACAGAGACGAGACCACCAUGGACGACUCCAUCCUAGACAGCUCUUGGGUCGACACUCAAGGUGAGAUUUCUCUCUGUUAUAAUCCCAUAAUACAUGUUUCAAUGACAGAUAAAUGACGUUUCAAUGACCACUAAUAAUUAUAUAAUCAGAGGUUAGAAAAUGCAAUAGUACAAGCACAUAUUCAUGUUUAUUACAACCUUUUCAUAAUGAAGACUUCAUAUUUCAUCAUCAUAACAAAGUUACGUUAACACUGUUAUACCCAAUUUAUGAGUGUUGUUCCCUUAUAUUGUGUUGUGUCCGUAGUACUACUGCAUGAUGACCUUAUCAUGUCUAUUUUAUACCUAGAUCUCUGCACUGUAGAUGUGGAUGAUGACAAGAGUAUGGCUACAGAGCAGAUCGAGCCCCUGAGAGCCGACCGGGUCCCAGCCCCACCAGUCAAGAAGGAGAAGACUCCCCAGCAGCAGAAGCAGGAGAAGCAAUCAGUGAAGCUCAAGGCUAAAGUGGGACGGGUGAAAGGGCGCGAGGGACACGUCUCCACCCCCGAACGUAAACCCAUCCACAAGGAGCCGGUCUAUAUCCACAGGGAGGACGUCAAGAAGAAAAAAGGUUUCGAUUUACAGUAUCAAAUUAGUUUGUAACUCUGUUUCAUUUAUUUUUGUUAAUAAUUUUUUGUUAUUCGUUAUUAUUGACAGCUUAUUUAAUUCUGUCUAAUUUUAAGUGGUGUAGAUUUCCGCUCAGUUUGUUACUCUACAGGGCCAGUUUCCCGGACACUUCAGUGAAGAAUCUCCAUUGAAAUAGCGUUUUAGUCCAGGACUAGGCUGGAUAUGUGUCUUGGAAACCAACAACACUAUUCAUUUCUAUAUAGUUCUUUGUAGUUAUAUAUUAUUAAUUGACAGAUUUAGUUAUUCUCUUUCAUUCUAAUUGGCAAAGAUAAUGAUCUUUAAAAGCCUUUAAGAUCUCAGCUAAGUGUUACCUGGGAAUCAGGUGGGUGGUUCUCUCCUAACCUCCUAACCACACUAUCCUUUCCUUCCUUAUGCUACUUGUACGUCUUUCCCUUUCUCUCUUCAACUAUGUCUCUCCCUCUUCCUUCUGCUAGCCGUGAUUAAGAAGACUGAGCUGACUAAGAAAGCAGAGACUCCGAUGCGCUCCUCGCCGUCCCGGAAGAGUAUGUUAAAGCCUACUGCGGUCCGACACCCGCGUCCCGCCCAGCCCCACCCCUGUGCUAGGAGAAAACCUACAGGUGACCAACCAUUCCUGGACUGUGUUCCAAAUGGAACUCUAUUCUCUAUAUAGUGCACUAAUUUUGACCAGGGCCCAUACUGCUCUGGUCAAAAGUAGUGCACUAAAUAGGGAAUAGGGUGCCAUUUGGAACGCAACCCUGCUGGCCGGGGCCAGGAAGGCUAAUCAUCUGCAAUGUGGCUGCAAACAUCAACAUCAACAUUCACAUCUCAUCAAUCAAUCAAAUGUAUUUAUAAAGCCCUUUUUACAUCAGCAGUUUCACAAAGUGCUUUACAGUUAACUCAUCCUUACAGUCAUUUUCAGCUUCUAUUUUUGUUAAAUGUUAUCAAUUAUUAUGUUAAUCUAUCAAUUUUUAUUCUGUUGCAUUUGUUUGUCAUGUUCAGUGUUUGCAUUUUAUUAGAAUAAAAAACUAAUUUGCUCUACUUUUCUCAUUUGACUUUGUUGUUGGCUUGUUGUGAACAGUCAGUUGCUCAACAUUUCUUAAUUAUUUUAUUAUUUGUUAAUUUUUUUCAAUGCAUUUUUGUUCUCAUCAGGUUCCGUGUUCAUUCUGGGUUUCUCUUUUGUGGGAGAUGGAUUGGUCAAUGAUACUGCUUCAGAGUAAUGUGUACCUGCAAUACUUUUUAUUUUCUUUCUGUAUUUAACACCGAUUAUCCAUCUCUCACCAUCUCACUUAUUAACUCUAUAUGUCUCUCUUUAACCUGUGUAAUGAUUGCUUGUUUGCUGUGAAAGAACUACAGCUGUGAAAGAACUACAGUGAAAUAAGUGGGUUUUCACUGCAUUUCCCCAGAGCAGGACAUUAGUCCCAAAUGGUACCCUAUUCCCUAUGUAGUGUACUACUUUUGACCAGGGCCCAUAGGGCUCUGGCCAAAAGUUGUGCACUAUAAAUGGAAUAGAGUGCCAUUCAGGAUGUAGUGGUUGCCAACAACUGUUAGUUUGGCUCCUCUUGCUGUAAGGAGACAUACUGGUUUACCUCACCUGACAGAGAGAGUUUCCACAAUAUAGAUAUAUAAUAAAUAAUCAUACUUGUGCUCUAUAUUUAAUUAUGUGGUUUCCUCUGCCAUUUCCUCCACAAGCUCUCUAGUAACUGUAUAUGAUAGAUAGACGAUGUUUACUGUAAACCCUCUAAAUUGCUGCAUUGCCCCAAUGAAAUUGUUCAGGGGGUGGGAAGGAGGGUGGGAUGGCCGGGUGCACUUACUGUAUGUAAUCCAAAAUCCUCUAUUCUGUAUGAUUUCCUGCCAAAGCAUUGGAGAACAGAGGUUUUCUCUAGCAGCUCAAAUAGGAUCUCAGCCAAUUCCCUGAUAGUAUACAGUAAUACCGUAUAAUUAUACAAUACUGUAACCCAGUUAGGGCUAGAUUUACUCUCACAAAGUUUGCUGUAGUUGUUUACAGAAGAGGGGUAACUGUUAGCCCAAUACUUGUCAGUUAGAUUGUGUUGGUAGACUGUAGAGUGUUUGGCGUGCUCCAGCCACAGCUGUUGUGUGUGUGGGAGAGUGUUGUUGUGUUGCUGUCAAUCUGUCCUAAUGUUUAAAUCACGUCUAACGAUACACUGUCUGUCUUUCUCUCUCGCUCUCCUCUCUCCUUAUCUCUUUCUCUCUCUCUUCCUCUUCUCCUCUCUCCUUCCCUUUUCUAUUUCACUCCCUCCCUCUCUCUCUCUCUCUCUCCUCCUCUCAUUCUCAUUCUCUCUCUGUCUCCCUCUCUCCUCUUCUCUCUCUCCUCCUCCUCUCAUUCUCUCUCUGUCUACCUCUCUCCUCUUCUCUCUCUCUGUCCUCCUCCCAUUCUCUCUCUGUCUACCUCUCUCUCCUCUUCUCUCUCUCUCUCCUCCUCUCAUUCUCUCUCUGUCUACCUAUCUCCUCUUCUCUCUCCUCCUCCUCUCAUUCUCUCUCUGUCUACCUGUCUCCUCUUCUCUCUCUCUCCUCCUCCUCUCAUUCUCUCUCUGUCUACCUCGCUCCUCUUCUCUCUCUCUCCUCCUCCUCUCAUUGUCUCUCUGUCUCCCUCUCUUCUCUCUCUCCUCCUCCUCUCAUUCUCUCUGUCUCCCUCUCUCCUCUUCUCUCUUUCUCCUCCUCUCUCCUCUUCUCUUCAGUGGGUGUACCAGAAGGUCGUCGGCCCCUCAGUGUUGCUAGACAGUCUCGGGACAGAGCCUCAGUAAGUACAACACUGCGUCACAAUGCGAUACAA